GUUAGCAUGGGAUGGCAGGCGCUGGCUUUGCUAUAUACCAGUCUGGGAAGCAAUUCCUCCAGUCCUCCAUCCCCUUAGGCCCGAAUAAAGAGGUUUUUGAUGCUGAAGCUGAAGCAGCACUAGCAGGGGCUAAGGCAGCCUUCCAACUCCACACAGCCUGCUAUGCUACUAACCUCUGGAUAUGCCUAGACAACCUAGAGGUAGCCACACGUCUCCUAUCUCCAUUUACGGGCUCAUCCCAAGAGGUCUUUGAAUCCUUCCGGGCCCUGGCCGAAACCUGGCUGUCAAGGGAAAGAUUCCCAUAUACAGAUGGCGGCUCUGUACGGAUCUGCUGGGUACCUGGUCACACACAAAUUCCUGAGAAUGAAGCAGCGGACCAAGCCGCGAAGAAGGGAGCUGCUAUGAACCCUCCCCUAAGCAAGCACUCACACGCCUCGCUAAAACGGCAGGCUAAAAUAGAGAUGUUAUCUGCCAUGCAAAGAUACUGGCAGACUACUGCCCCCCAAACCUACCGCGAUCUCUGGAUUACCACCUACCCCAGGCGCUCUGCGGAGCUAAAGCUCCCACGACCCCUUCUCGCCCGAAUCCUGGCUGCGCGUACGGGACAUGGGGACUUUGCAGCCUACCACGAGCGGUUUAAACAUGAGAAUGCGCACCUCCUCUGCCGCUGCGGCGCAAGAAAGACUCCAUUUCACUUCCUCUUCUGCUGCAUUGCAAAGAGACGUCUUCCCCUACCCUCAGGGCCGCCCUCCGAAACUAUCCCCUACUUAUUAGGCACCCCCAAAGGGACAGCCAAGCUAGCCGCUUGGCUAUCUAAAUUUUGAGGAUAUCUGCACGAGGUAUCCUCUACCUCAGCCAGGCUGAGACACCACCCAAAAAAAAAAAAAAAAAAAAAAAAAAAAA